GGGCCUCUGCUAUAUACCACAUAUUCCAUUGUCCGAUAAGCUCCUCUCUUCCCCGCACUAACCAUCGAAACCCCGAAUCUAUAUAUUCGAGAUACCCCGCAAUGACCCAUCUAUAAUUUAUUCACAAAUUGACAUCUCCCUUGCAGCCUACCACUAGCUCCUCAUACUUUUGAGAAGAGAUAUCAUACAAGGUAAACCGCCACGGAUCCGAUACGAUGAGCAUCCCAUCAAGCCAAACCGCAGCCCUCAUCCCCGCAACCGGGGCAUCCCCUACCGCGCGCCUUCAAAUCCGACACGAUCACCCCGUGCCAUCACCGACGGAGGGACAGAUUCUUGUUAAGCUGGAAUACUCCGGGGUAUGUCACUCGGAUGUACACAGUGUGCGCGGGGAGACGCCCAUGUUAACCGACGUGGCGGGCCAUGAAGGCGUGGGGAAGGUGGUCAAAGUGGGCAGUGGGCUUGACGAGCAAGUCUGGCUAGGAAAGAGAGUAGGGAUACGCUGGCUGUACAGCACCUGCUUGGAGUGCGAGAUAUGCGCCAUCAACAACACGGCGUGUCCAUACCAAAAGAACGCUGGAGCGAAUAUCCCGGGGACUUUUCAACAAUACAUUGUCAGCCCUGCAAAUCAUGUCACCAUCAUCCCUCCGAGCCUGGAGCCAGACGUCGCUGCUCCCCUGUUGUGCGCUGGAAUUGCCAUGUACUCUUCGAUAAUGAAGACGAAGACUCGACCGGGAGACUGGAUCGUGAUCCCCGGCGCAGGCGGCGGAUUGGGCCACAUGGGUAUUCAGAUCGCCGUCAAAAAGGGGCUCAAAGUUAUCGCGAUCGAUAGCGGUGAAAAUAAGAGACAGCUCUGCCUCUCCCUCGGAGCCACCAGUUUCCUCGACUACAAGACCGACGACAUCGAGCACCGCGUCAAAGCCUUGACGUCAGGCCUAGGUGCGCACGCCGUGAUCUGCACCGCCAACAGCGAGCAGGCCUACAUUCAAAGUAUGAGCCUGCUUCGGAGGCUGGGGGUAUUGGUGUGUGUGGGUAUCCCGAACGCACCGUUUCGACUCCCAGCGACCCCAUUUGACAUGAUUGUUAAAGGGCUCACGAUUGUCGGCAACUCGGCUGGCACUGCGAAGGAAAUGGAUGAGUUGAUGGAGCUGGCUGUAGCGGAAGAUGUGAAGGCGCAUAUUGAGACAUAUGAAUUGGAUGACAUUGAUGACGUCCUGGAUCGGUUGGGACGCUCGGAGAUCGAUGGAAGAGCUGUUGUGCGGAUUCCUUGAGAGAAUGUCGGGCGCGCUUCCGGUAAGAAUCGAGGUCUUUCAUGAGACCUCUAGUCUGUUAUACUUAUUAGGGAAUUUGGGCAUGGGAACGGCUGCUUAGGGCAAUUGUCUUGGCCGCUUGGUGGUGGUG